AUGGUAGCCCUCCUCCGAUGCUAUGCCAACAUUUUCGCAUGGUCCCAUGAGGACAUGCCUGGAAUUGAUCACGCCAUCAUCACACAUCAAAUGAAUAUCGAUCCAUCCUCCCGACCAAUUCGACAGAAGCGACGUGCUCUCGGCCCUGAGAGAUAUGCCGUGAUUGAAGAAGAGAUUGGCAAACUCCUCAAAGCCAAUUUUAUUGAAGAAGUCUACAACCCAGACUGGGUGGCCAACAUCAUACUGUUACCAAAGAUGAUCAAAGAUAUACAGAGGCUCAAUGGAAGAGUAGGAACCCUCAAGCGCUUCGUGUUUCGAGCUACGGACAAAUGUCUCCCUUUCUUCAAGCAAUUGAAGGGGAGACAGAUAGUAGAUUGGACCAAAGAAUGCGAGGCAACCUUCCAGCAGCUCAAACAAUACCUAGGAUCACCGCCCUUGCUAUCUAAACCCGAGCUAGGUGAAACUCUGUUGCUAUACUUGGCCGUAUCCAAUGCAGCAGUGAGCUCGGUGUUGAUUAGAGAGCAUGAGGGUAAACAGUUCCCAGUGUAUCACGUCAGCAAAGCUCUGGUACCUGCAGAGACGAGAUAUCCCUCGUUGAAAAAGUUGGCUUUAGCUUUGGUGAUCUCUUCUCGACGCCUGUGGCCAUAUUUCUAA